AUGCUCUUUCCACUCUUGAUCACAUAUUUUCUUCUUUUCGUCACCGUUCAAUCCGCAGUAUUCGACAAUAGUGCACGCCAGUCUACUAGCACUGCUGCUGUUUUUCCAAAGCAAGCCCUCUCUUUUGAUCAAUAUGAUUUACAUGAUGGAACAUCCACUGCCGAAGGUAGUGGCGAUGGUGCUAAUCUUGAUGAAUAUGCUGACGAUGAUGAAGAUGAGCAAUUAUCGAAAGUAACUGCAAGCACCAGUACGAUAAGAACGACAAUGACGACGACGACAAAACGUUCAGAGAUGAAAACCACCAAUAGCACAAAAAUGAUGGAUUCAGGCGUUAAUGAAUUUGAUGAUGACUACAAAGAUGAUAUUGAAGAUAGUAUCGACUACAAUGAAGCAACAACGAAAAUCACUAAUGUUCCAUUAACUACUACUCGUUUGGAACCUGCUAUUCCACCUCAAAAGCCUCUUCGUUUAUUCUUCAGUUUUCUCACUCGUCCACCGAUUGCUGCUGGUAUUCUUGCAGGUUUAGCUAUUGGCAUUCUAUCGUCAGUCGUUCUCCUCAUUUGCCUUGUUCAACGUUUUAAUAAGCGUCAACGAACACAUUCGUCAUAUACCACAGGUCUUCUGUAUCCAAGUCAUUAUGGAUAUUCGAAAUCACCACAGGAAUUCUAUGCUUAG